UCGAACCGGACGUAUGUCACAAGACGGAAGGUUCAGGAAGACGGAGCUGACGUCGCUUCGGAGUGAGAGGUCUACAGACACUCGUCUCCCAGUAGUGGUUGUGUUAACUUUCUAGAGCGUUGGUUCUACGGGUUCUCUUGGCGUUUGCAGUGGACCUAUAUACGUGUUGUGUAGUGGAGGUUGUGUUUACCUUUGAAAGAUCACUGAAUCUACAAUUUUCUUGGGUGAUUCAGGUAUUCUGUUGUGCAUACCGGAAAUGUUGGCACCCCUUACGAUGAGGCUGUGGGUGAUAGUGGCAAGCCUGAACCUAGUAUGGGUCACAAUGGCCGAUUCCGUGAAUACUAUUUCUCCUGAAGCUCGCUCCAGCCCUCCAACCCUCUGGCUCCUCGAACUACGAAAAGUGCCCCGCGAGUCAACACCAAACGACCACACGUCCCGAGACCACGACGUCAAACUCGUGCUGGACGAACACACCCUCGUCGUGGGCGUGACUCGUUGGACACUGACCUUCCUCAAGGGCGGACAGCAGUUCACGAGUUCCCUAGACGCCCUCACGGAGACCGACGGCAUCCAGAGGGAGUUCGUUUUCAAGACGGAGCUCGUGGAAGGUGCCACCGCGGUCCUGGUGACGGCGAAGGGAAGGAGCGGCAGCGUGUUGGCGACGGGAACAGCCUACGUUCAGAUUCCGGACUUGGACUCCAACGUGGCUUGGGUAGGGGGGGAAUACCACCCCUCUUCCCCCUCCUCACUGCGAGUCGACUCUGGCACCUUGUCGGAGGUGUGGGUCGGCAGUCGAGUGUGCAGAAGAGAGAAGGCCCCCUGUUAUUUCCUGCAGAAGGAGCUGCCGGAAGUUGUUUCUCGGUGUGUGACUCUCUCUGACUCUCUCACCAAUGUGCCCCUUCUCCUGUGUGACGAUACUGUGCUUCCCUUUCACGAACUCUACCAGACACCGAGCCUCUACAUCACUGACGACUACCUGCUGGAAGUCACCAUGAUUCUGCCGCAGGAUGUGGUCCUGGAGGGAAGGGAGGUCGUCGCCUACGACCCUGAAGACCCCAACGUCGUUUUCUCACCCGAAGGCUUCAGGUGCAAUCCUUCCGCAGGAAUGGGAGACCAAGGUGAACGCACGUGCACCCAGCGACUCCACAUGACCGAGGCUAAGGACGCAGUAUCGGUGUUAGUGGUGUUGACGUAUUCCGACGGAGGACGCCUGGAGUCUAAGCUCCUUACGUACAGAGGUCAGGAACCUCGAGCGUCGCAAACGGGCGUGAUUGUGGGUUCGGUCGUAGGCGGGCUGGUGGGCGUGGUCCUUCUCGCGGCUGCCGUCUUCUUGCUGUUAAGAUGGAGAAAAAACAAAGCGAAGAAGGGAUCGUCGAGGAGGAGUUCGGCACAGUACGCUGCCACGCCGACCUCUGACCCCGCGGCGGCCUAGGUCAUCUCGUCGGGGUUCUGCGUCUUGUGUGGAACUAGAUUUUUAGCUUUAUUUUUGUUUUAAUUCUUGUGGAAUUCAGGGUACAUAGUACAUAGUUGUUAGAUGAAGUAAU